AUGCAAUCGGUUAAACAAACCGUCUCGCAAGAAGUCCAAAAAGAGCUCAAAUCGGCAGAGAGUGGGGAAAUUCUCGAGCCAAAAUCAACAGCACCACAACAGGCUCCUGAGAAUUUGCCUAAACCUAUUACUGAGUCAAAAUCAAUCGAUCAAUUGCCCCAAGCUUCAGAAAACUUGGGGAAAUUCGGGAAAAAUGCUAAGCCAAAACCUGUAGUUUCGCCAAAACCUGUAGUUUCAUCAAAACCCCAGAAUCCGGAUCAAUUACCCGACGAGGAAUCGGAGGAAGAAGAAGAAGAAGAAGAAGAAGAAGAAGAGGAAAAAUCAGCACCGAAACCCCAGCCACCUCCAGAACCGCCAAAAGUGAUUGCAAAAGAGAAACCGGAGGAUUUAUUCGAUUUGGGUGAACCGAUGCCUUCUGAAAUGCCAAUUUACGCUAAUGAUUUACCGAUUUAUGGGCCCGAGAAUCGACCCGAUGGAUGGAUGACACCACCGGCAGAAAACGCAAAGAAACCGGAUAUUUGGUUGAAUCCAAGUGAACCGCCGACAAAAGCAACACCUGGACCGGAGGGUUGGAGAUCAUCUAGCCCAAUUCCACCCACUCAGCAACAACCACCUCCACGAAAAGUGCCUAUACGGACAAACAAUGAUCCGGUCAUUCAUCGAUUUAAGCGAUAUGUAAGAGUGCCGAGACCAGUGAGAGCACAGAAAACACCUGAGCCAACUUGGGAGCACAAUCCUCCGCCAGCCGCCCCCUCGCCCAGCAGACCCGUUUUUGGACCAGAACCCAAACCACCAGAUUAUGUCUCUCCAAAACCGCCCACUCCACCACGACGAUCCCCAAUUCAACGACAAACGAGUGACGCCGCGACACUCACCGAUGUUGAAUCGCCAGUGCGUAAACCCAUUCGCAACACUCCGAGAAGGCGCUCACCGCCAAAAGUGUUGUUACCUCCAUCACCAGCAGAACCUCCACAAACAGUUUCAUUAGAUCCCGACGAUGAAAUGUUUUGGCGAUCAUCAUGGCAAGACAAGAAUGCCGGUAAACAAGAAGUCUCUGGGCUGUUAGCAUACACAGCCGAAGACAGAAGCCCCAUACAACAAGAAGAGAUUCCACCGCCACCCAAAUGUGUCUAUCAUCCGGAUUGUGAUGGGAAUUGUCAG